AUGGCAAGUGAAGACAGAUUUAUUCAGUCAGCUUCUUCGGAUACAAUAAUUGAAGUUAAACCUUCGUCUGUUAAAGAGAAAAACAAUGCAAUUUCAGAUUUAGAUCCAGAGAAAAAAGUCAAGCCUCCACCAUUAGAUGUUUCUGCUGCUCAAGAUUUUCAAUCAAUAAUUGCACCUAAAACACCUUUAAGUGCUCCUCCUGUUACACCUGGCACAACUGCACUAGAUCGCCGAAAGAAAGAGAAGAAAAUAGGACAUCGUAGGGUUGAUGAAGAAGGUUUAAUAACUUUUAAAAAGAUUUACUCAUCACAAAUUAUAGGCAGUAUAUCCUUAGGUAUUUCACAUGCUGUUGGUGGAUUAGCUUCGAAGCCAGAACGUGAUCUCUUAAUGUUAGAUUUUACAAUCGUUGAAUCAACUGCAUUUCCAACUGAUGAUUUAUUGAUACUCGCUAAAAAUCUAACUUAUGUUUUAUUCUUUAGGGAUGGCAGCAAUAUCACUCCAGCUCAUCAUUAUAGUGACUUCAGGUUUAAGUCCUACGCACCAGUAGCGUUUCGUUAUUUCAGAGAUUUAUUUGGGAUACAACCAGAUGACUUUCUUUAUUCACUGUGCAAUGCUCCGCUGCGAGAACUUUCAAAUCCAGGGGCCAGUGGGAGCAUAUUCUAUGUAACUGAUGAUGAUGAGUUCAUCCUAAAAACUGUACAUCAUAAGGAAGCAGAAUUUCUACAAAAACUUUUGCCAGGUUACUAUAUGAAUUUGAAUCAAAACCCAAGAACGUUACUCCCAAAAUUCUUCGGACUGUAUUGUUAUCAAUGUGGAGGCAAAAAUGUUCGUCUUGUUGUAAUGAAUAAUUUAUUACCAUCUGGUAUACGUUUGCAUGAAAAAUAUGAUCUUAAAGGUUCAACAUAUAAAAGAAAAGCCAGCAAACAUGAAAGGAAAAAAUCCUCUCCUACAUACAAGGAUCUUGAUUUUUUAGAACGUCAUAUAGAUGGAAUUUAUUUGGAGCCUGAUACUUACAAAGCUUUAACAAACACAAUUCACAGAGAUUGCAGAGUUCUUGAGAGUUUCAAAAUAAUGGAUUAUAGUUUACUUGUUGGUAUACAUAAUGUCGAUUUGGCUAAAAAGGAAAAAAUGGAGACAAAAAGGAAAGAAGAGGAAGAAGGACUUGCAAAGAUCUCUGAUGAAUCUGGGGAGUCUGCCUCACCUAUACAGACAGCAUGUGCUCGAGGUGAAACUGGCUUAGCUCGGAGCAAAUCAAUCAACAGACAGAGACUAGCAGCAUUUUCUACUGCUAUGGAAUCGAUUCAAGCAGAGCCAUUAGAUGAAGGAGAUGAUGAUGAUGUCCCACCUGGUGGUAUUCCUGCUAAGAAUGCCAAGGGUGAACAUCUGCUGUUAUUCUUGGGUAUCAUAGAUAUUCUUCAGAGCUUUCGUCUUGCAAAGAGGCUGGAACACACAUGGAAGUCAAUGCUACAUGAUGGUGAUACAGUUUCUGUUCAUCGCCCAGCUUUUUAUGCAGAAAGAUUUGAGAAAUUUAUGACAAAAAGUGUUUUUAGAAAGUCACCUGCAUCUGGCCAACACCGCAAAUUUAAGACCAUGGUUACUAGCGUCUUAGCUUUGAAACAUUCUCCAUCAAAAAGGAAAGGUAAUUCUAGCAAACAGAGAUCUUCAGCUCCAAAUGAAUCUGAUAUUCCAAAGGCUCAUCUUCCCAAAAUCCCCUCAGAAUAUGAAUGUGGCCAAGAGAGUGAUAUUUGUGCCCAAGGUGAUGAUGGGACUUCGAAUCCAGCCUCAGUGCCUUGCUCAUCUAAAUGUUCUGAGGGGUUCAGCACAAAUAUUUCCUGUGAUUUAAAGAGUAAAAACAAGCUGUCUCCUUCAACAAAGGAAAGUGAAAAAGCACGUGCCAAUACAGAUCCUGUACCAUCUAAAAUGAUGCUAAAAACGAAAAACUGUGGAAAGUCUCCUUCCUCAUCAUUAGAAAUGAGAAGUUUAUCUCAUGGUAACAUUCAGACAGAAUCAAGUCAUGAUUGUGCAUCAGAAACAAGCUGCACAAGUAUUACAGGCCUUAGCUCAACUCUACAUACUUGGACUCCUCCUCAUAGUGUAGAGGGUUCAACUCCAACACAUACGGAAGGAACACCAUCUUUCACUGAAUCUAGUUCAAGUGGGGAUGCAGCCUGUCCUACAACUCCAGUUAAAAGCAUCAAUAAAUCAGCAGACUCCCUUCCACCUCUGGGUGAAACACAAAUAUUACAAGAUAGUGAAAUGACACGUCUUUAGCGUGGAACCAUGAUGUUCCGUAGACAAUGUUGAUGUCAUCAGUGCUGUAUGUAGUGUGCUUGCUGUGUAAUUCUCACCUCUGCCGUUUCUCUAACCUGAUGCUCUGG